AUGUCGAGCACAGACACAGGCCGAGCUCAGCACGGUCGUCAGAGGAGCAGGGGGCUUCCCGACAGGGCCUCGCCCUCGCAGCUCGGGGCGGAGGGAGAGCGGAGGUCCAAGGCUGCGGCGCAGCCAUUCGCGCUGCGCUGGCGGUUUCAAACAGAGAUAAGCUCUGAGGUGUGCGCUUGGAGUGGGCGCGGUCCCCCCGCCUGGCUUGCGGGUGCUUCUGGGGUGACGCGGCUCCCUUGGAGCCGCUGGUCGCGUCAGAGCAGUGCAGCAAUGCCGAGGCUGCAGCUCCAGCGCCGAAACUCUCACGUUGCUCCCUUCGUACCGCUCCUUGCCAGGGGCUGCGGCUGGCAGCAGCCCGGCACAGCCCGGCGGUGGUCGGGGAGUGAGGAGCGGGUGCCCCCGUCCCGCUGCCGGCAGAGAUGGGCUCCAACCCAGUCAGACUCGGCAAAAAACUGCUGGACACAGAGGCUCAUUGGUGCCUCCUCCCGCAGUGCUGAGUACCCCGACCUGCGGAAACACAACAACUGCAUGGCCAGCAACCUGACGCCAGCCAUCUAUGCGAGGCUCUGCGACAAAGCCACCCCCAACGGCUGGACCUUGGACCAAUGCAUCCAGACCGGCGUGGACAACCCAGGCCACCCUUUCAUCAAGACGGUCGGCAUGGUGGCUGGUGAUGAGGAGACGUACGAGGUGUUUGCAGAGCUGUUCGACCCCGUGAUCCAGGAGCGGCACAAUGGGUACAACCCCCGCACCAUGAAGCACGUCACGGACCUGGACGCCUCCAAGAUUAAGUUUGGCCACUUCGAUGAGCGCUACGUGCUCUCGUCCCGGGUCCGGACCGGGCGCAGCAUCCGUGGGCUGAGCCUUCCACCCGCCUGCACCCGCGCCGAGCGGAGGGAGGUGGAGAAGGUGACGGUGGAGGCUCUGAACGGCCUCACAGGGGACCUGUCUGGCCGCUACUACCGUCUAAGCGAGAUGACAGAGAAGGAGCAGCAGCAGCUCAUUGAUGACCACUUCCUCUUUGACAAGCCGGUGUCCCCGCUCCUGACGGCAGCAGGAAUGGCCCGGGACUGGCCCGACGCCCGAGGCAUCUGGUGAGGACCUGCCCGGCGCUGGGCCGCCAACAGG